UGCAGCAAAUAAGCAUGACUUUCCAAAUUAUCAUAAUUGCUUGUGUUAACAGAUACAGAGCAGAGAUAUCUCACAGUCCUCAAAGUUCUGACAGCAAUACUAGAACCUUUUCAUCAGCUUCUAGCUCAAAUGAGAGCUCUUCAGUGCCAGAACUCCCAGGAUUUUACUUUGAUCCUGAAAAGAACCGUUACUUCCGAUUGCUUCCUGGGCAUAACAACUGCAACCCCCUCACCAGGGAGAUUAUUCAGCACAAGGAGAUGGAGAGCAAAAGAUUGAAGCUUUUAGAGGAAGAGGAUAUGCUAAAAAAGAAAACUACUCGAAUUGGAUUGAAUCCAUUACCCUUGUUAUACAAGAGGCAGUUGGGUUUGCUCUACUCUACCAAUUAUUGCCGACUAGUCCAUGAGUUACGUGUAAACUGCAUGCAGAGAAAGAAGGUGAAAAUUCAGAGCCCUGAUUCCUCUGUUGUUGGAACAGAUCACUUUAAACUGAUAGUGGCUGACACUGCCCGGGAAAGGGUAUUCACAGUUAAUGAUGUGGAACAUGGAGGCUGCAAAUAUGGCAUCAUCAACCUUAGUGGUUUAGGAACCCAGGCUCUCACUGUGGAGAUGUAUGACAACCUCUACUUUACCAAUCGCAAG